GCAUAUCUGUCUCAAAUUCUCCUCCUCUCGCUUCUCUCUCGUUCGCCGACGGCCGUCUCCGCCGGAGAAACGGUCCUCAGGGUCUCUCCUCUUCCGACGCCGCCUAUAUUUUUUUUCCUUCUGUUUUUUUGGGGAUCCUGCGCGGUGUGUUUUGAUUUCACUGGGUUCAUUCCACCGAUCUCGCCCUGGCUGACGUGGCAGGACGGAGGGCCACGAUGUUGAGCGAAUCAGGGAAGGAGCCAUGCGCAGUGGGCAAGCGGAAGGGCCGCGAUCCGGACGAGGCCCAAUCCGCGGCCGAACCGAAGCGAGCUCGGGCCGCAGUCGAGGCCGCAGCCCGGGGGAAGGACAACAGACUCCUCGCCGGCUUCCUCGCCCACGAAUUCCUCUCCACGGGCACACUCCUCGGGCAGCGGUGGGAUCCCUCGAGCGGCGCCGUCAAGCAGGGCAGACCGGCGGCGGCAGCGUACACCCAGGUGUCAUACUUGUUGCUGAAGGUGAAGGGACCCCACAUCGCCGGCGUCCUGAACCCCACCCAGCUCGCCGGAUGGCUUCAAAUGUGAGCGAGGGCGCUUGAAUGGAACGAAAGAAGGUAAAGGAAUUUGUUGCAUUCGCAAAAUGGUGGUUUCAUUUUCUUUCCGUCGAUCCAAUUUUCCUGGAUUCGCUUCGUGUAGUGUUAGCUGAUUAAUUCCUGUAGCUCCAUUAACUCUUGCAAAAUUGGAUUCCUCUUGCGGAGAUUAUGCGUUCGAUUCUUCA